AUGCCCUACUCUAUCACCUGCUUGGCCGGCGACGGGAUCGGCCCCGAAGUCUCCGCUCAGGCCAUCCGCGUCCUCGAAACCCUCUCAGCCCACACGGACCUCAAGUUCGAGGUCGCCUCGCACGACUUUGGAGGAAUCGCCAUCGACAACCACCAGAACCCGUUGCCCGAGUCGACGCUCAAGGCGUGCCAGGAGGCUGAUGCAAUCUUGCUCGGCGCCGUGGGUGGACCCAAGUGGGGCACGCACCCUACCCUCCGCCCCGAAAUCGGCCUCCUCGCACUCCGCAAAGCCCUCGGCCUCUACGCCAACAUCCGCCCCGCCUCGUUCCCCGCUCCCUCUCUCGUCGCGCACUCCCCGCUCAAGGAACACAUCGCCCAAGGAACCGACAUCGUCGUCGUGCGCGAAUUGAUCGGCGGAAUCUACUUUGGUGAACGCCGCGAGGCGGUUGCGGGCGCGACGGAGGGAAAGGACGCAGAGGCGUAUGAUGCGUGCACCUACUCUGUCCCCGAGGUGCAGCGUAUUACACGCCUCGCAGCGUACCUCGCCAAGUGCUCGAACCCGCCUCUGGCGAUUCACUCGGUCGACAAGGCGAAUGUCCUCGCGACAUCGCGCUUGUGGAGGCGCGUCGUGCAGGAGACGCUCGACAAGGAGGCGCCUGAACUCAAGCUCGACCACCAGCUUGUCGACUCGGCUGCCAUGCUCAUCUGCGCCAACCCGCGCAAGCUGAACGGCAUCGUCCUCACCGAGAACCUCUUUGGCGACAUCCUCUCGGACGAGACCUCCGUCAUCCCCGGUUCUCUCGGCCUCCUCCCCUCCGCCUCACUCGGCGGCAUCCCCGACGGCACCUCUCGCAUCCCCGGCCUCUACGAGCCAAUCCACGGUUCAGCGCCCGACAUCGCCGGCCAAAACAUCGCCAACCCAAUCGGGACCAUCCUCUCCGUCGCCUUGAUGCUGCGGUACUCGUUUGGAAAGGAACAAGAGGCACGGUUGGUCGAGGAGGCGGUCAGGAUCGUGUUGGAUGAUGAGAGUGCGGGUGGGUGUGCGUACAGGACGAAGGAUUUGGGUGGAGACAAGACUACGACCCAGGUUGGAGACAAGGUUGUCGAGGUCCUUACGGGAUUGCUUACCAAGAAGUGA